AUGGCGGGGAAAAACGUGUUCCUUCCAACAAAAAACAGUACAAUUAUUAUUAUUACUUUUAUUAUAUUUGAUUAUGAAUAUUUUGCUUCACGUCGGAUUUUUGCGUAUUUUCUCUCCCCCCCCCCCCCCCCCGAAUUGCUCGCAGUCCGCAUGCACAGGCGCGGUAAAAUGCGGGAAAAUUUAAAAAUUAUUUGCAACACAGCGAAGUCGCAAAUUUUGGUCGAAUAUUUUAAAUAUUUUUGCCAUAAAAUGAACGUUUCUUCGUCUAAGGCAACGAAAUAUCAUCAAAAACUAUCAUGCAGAAGGAUGCUUAACCAUCGAAAAAUGUUCAUAUUCGAUAAAUGUUCAUAUGUUAAUUUGUCUGGCAAACUUGAAAGGGCAGAGGUUUGACUGUUUUUGGACUCGGAGGAGGAUUUCCAGUGAUUUUAGUAGUUUCGUCGUACAAAAUGUUUCCAAUCCGUAAUCCUGCUUGGAUCCACACUUGUGCAUGAAGUAUACUAUUUAAAAUACGCGUAGGAGUGUUUUAUCAUUUUUAAAAUGCGAGUGCGCAGCACGAGCAUUUUGGAUAUGAUAAAACACUCCUACGCGCAUUUUAAAUAGUACUUCAAACACGGCUACAAUAGAUGCCGUCUUAUCGGUAUUCUUUAAAUAAAGAAUACUAAUUAGGAUUGAAAGAAUACUAAUGAGAUGACUUUUAUCAGGUAUAAACUUUAAAGUCUCUUCACAUGACAUCUUGAGGUCCGUGACAUGAUUUGCCAAUAAGCUUAUGAAUUAUUAAUGAGUGUUUGAAAUUAUUAUAGCACCAAUGUGAAGACCGGACUACCGAGACAAAGAUAUUAUGUCUAUUUCUACCAUGGAAACCCACAAAGUCAAGGAUCUUAUUGUGUUUUAUAACAAUCGUAAUCAAGAUAACGAAAUAUCUUUAUAAAACAACAUACAUUAAUUAUUGAAAACAAGCCCACAAAACAUGUGUGUAUAUAUAUGUUAGUUGUGUAAAUGUACACUCUGUAAUAUGUUAAGAUGAAAAUGUUCUAGAGUGUGUAUUAUAUAAUCUUAAAUCCGUCUGACCGUGUAGCUCAGUAGGUAGAGCGUCGCUCUAGUAAUUCGAAGGUCGCGGGUUCGAGACCCAGCCGCGGUAUAUAUAUAUAUAUAUAUAUAUAUAUAUAAUUGUUGUCUUUUUUACUUAAAAUUAAUUAAGUCGCAACUCUGAGUUUCACGUUUUCACGAUCUUCAGGCGACGAUGUAUGUUGAACAUACAUCGUCGCCUGAAGAUCGUGAAAACGUGAAACUCAGAGUUGCGACUUAAUUAAUUUUAAGUAGAAAAGACAACAAUUAUAAAGCUCUACUAAUAUUGGUGUUGAGCACUCUUCAAACUACUCAGUGCGUUCAUACUUUUGUUUGAAUCAACGAUUAUUAUUGAUAUAUAUAUAUAUAUAUAUAUAUAUAUAUAUAUAUAUAUAUAUAUAUAUAUAUAUAUAUAUAUAUAUAUAUAUAUAUAUAUAUAUAUAUAUAUAUAUAUGUAUAUAUAUAUAUAUAUAAUCAUCCCCAGUCUUUCUUCUAGUAAGUCGUGCCGAGCCAGGUGCCUCUGGGACGGUGUUUCGUUCUCACUUCAAGAAUGGGAAAAAUGUCAAAACUCUUCAUAUUCAUAAUGAUUAUAAUACUUUACGGGUACGUUCUCAAUACGUUAUUUAUUGUUCAUUCUUAAUUAAUUAACUAACUAAAAUUAGUACCAAACAAACUAAUUGACCGUCCCUAUUUUGAACAACUCACGAGUGUACGGUUUUCCAAAUUGCACGAGAAACCAUAAUAUUACUCAUUAUAAAUAAUAUACAUAAAAAAUUGUGCCUAAGCAAAUUAAUUAAGCAAAUUCACUCGCAUGCAUGAAACACAUGCGCAAUAAAUAAUUUACUAACUGAUCUGAAUAAUACAACAACUUAAUACAAAACUUCAACUGUCAAAAAUUUAUUCAAAAUGUGUUUUGGUAAGUUGCUUUGCACGUAUUUCUUUCUUGGCGCUGAAUUUGAAAGGUCUGAAAAAUGAAAGGUCUUUUUUUCACCUUAUUGCGAUAAAUUUGCAAUCUUCUUAACCAAUCAGAAUCGAGUAUUUUUUCAUGUAUAUCAUUAGUGGUGCAACCCCUGUGAUUUUUUCAUUGUCGCACAGAUGAUUCUGUAUCUGUCUAUGGUUAAAUGUGUUGAUAAUAUAUCCUCACCACUUCUGCCACAUAAUAGCGACCUUACGAUUUAGGACGGCAACGCGACGGCAACUGCUACCAAUACAAUAAAUCAUUGAAAAUAAUUGAAUAAUUACAAUAUAUGAAUAAUUUUAGUUAUUCGCAUUUCAAGCCGCAACAAGUGCCACUUCAAACUGGGUUCAGCAGAACUCUUCCCAAACAUAAAACUCAUGUCUUCAACUUCUACGACUGUAUUAAAUUCAUAUACGAUUGAUAAUAUGCGAGAAUUAUCCUUGCUACCAUUCAUUUGAAGGAGUUUGUUAUGGCCGUCGUCGUCGCGUCGCCGUCCUAAAAUCGUAAGGUCUCUAAUACCUUGUGACUUCGUGGUCACAUCAGCAAUUAAUUUUACACUUUUUAUAAGAUUAACGAGUGGUCCAGUUAUGAACAGUUUAAAAAGACAGGUAUGUUCUCAGGAUAUUUUGUAUUCAUGAACAUCGCUCUAAACGUUAUUGAAAGUGUGGAAGAAUUCAAUGAAUCCUGACUGAAUUCUUGUUCUGAUCAUGAUAUUAGUACUGUAGUAAUUAUUAGAGAGGUUCAGAUUUGACUUUCACUACCGCUACCGCUAUCAUUAAUGGACUAUUAACCAAUCAGAUGCGUUUGAUAUAUCCGAUAAACCAAUCAGAUGGGUACCAUGCCAGUAAAGGUAGCGGUAGUGGAAGUCAAAUCUGAACCUCAGUAGUGCAUACUGCAUAGUCAACGUUAUUUGAAACUCUGUCUUGAAUUUGAUGGUAUGGUAACCUGAGUAUCAGGCUCUAUUUUACAAAUAGAGCCUGACACAAAACUUAACCUGAUCGCUUUCCGCCCACAGCAAAGUUUAUAUUUAGUAUCCAAUCAAAAUGUCGCAGGAGAAAUUUAAAUUUCACACAACGACAACAACAAUCUAAUUAUAGCAUAGGCGCCCACUAAACGGCUGAAUUUAAAUUAAAACUGCAAUGAACUUAUAAAAUUAACAAAAAUAAUCAGAAAUUAGCGAAAUAUAUUGCAAAUGUAGCUUAUAUUAAAUCGCCACCCGAUUGCUCUCUCCUCCGCAGAGGUUUCAGUGACUUACCCUACAAUGAGCUUUACAUGGCGCUUGCCGUAUUUAUCAACAAACAGUUGACGUAUAAUUAUAAAGUAUAUAUAUAUAUAUUAAGUAUACUUUAUAACUAUACGUCAGUCGAUAGUGCAAUCUGAUGGCGAUUUAAUAUAAGCUACAUUUGCGAUAUAUUUCGCUAAUUUGCGAUUAUUUUCUAAUUUUACUGCAGUUUUAAUUUAAAUUCAGCCGUUUAGUGGGCCGGCUAUAAUUGUAGUUGUGAUCGUUAUAUCAACAACAAUAGUAUAAUCUAAUUAGCACCAGCCAAUCAAAUGACAGAUUUAAAAAUCGUUUGUCUAAUCGGCCAAUCAGCGCUCAGUCCAGAUUCUGGACUGAACAACCAGGCAAAAUGCCACUUUUGUGUCAGGCCGUACUUUUCUCCCCUUCGCCCACGAUCAGGCGUGCCUGUGCCCUAAAAAGUACGGCCUGAUACUCAGGUUAAUGGUAUGGCCAAUGAAAGGCAUGCAUAUAAACAAACGAAUUUCAUUUCGAUUUAAUUAUUUGACCUCCCACUGCCUUCAUGUCGACGUCUCGUGGGAGUGCUUCAAACCCACCUAUAUUAAAGAACCCACACAUAACAGGACCAAAGCUUCAACAAACGAAUUAAAAGCGGCUGACUUGUACCCAGUGCUAUAUAAGAACUAGGGCAGGGGCAUGGAAAGGUAAGUAUUCAGAAGAAAAACUAAGAGUAUUUUCUUCCCAACGCCAAUCGAUGUCAGUAGCUUAUACUUCCAUUUUCCCUCUUGAGUGUGCAGCUCUUGGAUAUACGAGCAUUUCAACAAAAUCGUAGUGUUAUAAUGUUGGCAGGAAAUAUAAAACAACGGUAACUCCGAAUAACGAUUUUAUCUUUUAAAAAUAGUAGCUUAAUUUCCCCAAGAAUAUGGUGUUCUCUUGCCCAUACCGAUUCCAAUACCAAAAUAAAAUUCUAUACCUGUUUGUUGAUGACUAGGUGCUGUAACAUGGUUUAUUUUGGGCAAAGAAAGACUUCAUCUCGACACCAUCGACCUUCGUGGAAACUCUCGUGUAUUGAUUGUUAGUCACACUUCAAUGCAUGUGAGCAUAAAUGCCAUCCUAAGUGACAGUAGUGGUCAAGUAUUCAUUGCUCCAUCCCAGUCCGUAAGUAUCUCUGCGCAGCUCUCGUCAUGCCUGGUCGCUUUCAACUCCAGUGUGUUGGCGUUUGGUAGCAAGACGGGGAGUGACGUAGCGAUCCAGAGAACAUUACAUGUUUAUGGGAAACUUGAUUUAAGCCAUACUCCUAGUGUUGAGAUAGGACGAGAUGGUGGGUCGUUUAUUAUGCAUCCCGGGUCAUACCCCAAUAAACUUGACUUCAAAAACUUUGUAAUUAAGGAUGGCCUGGGGUAUCAGGUUAACUUGCUUCAAAAUGGCCAGGCAAAGGUAAUGAAUAUCGCUCGAGGGAAAUUCACAAUGGGAACCGCAUCUUCGUUUAAUUCCAGUGCUCAGUUAACGUUGUUAUCAGACGAUGUAAUUAUUAAUGGUGUCAUGACAGCUCCUACCCUAACUAGCGCUGUUUGGAACUCAUUAUCGGUUAGAUUGCAAGGAUCUCUGGAUACAAAGGUUUUAAGCAACGUUUUCAAAGUAAAUGAUGUUUCUGUACAUGGCAGUCUCAGUAUACGCAAUGCUAACAUGUCCAUGAAUGUGAAUAGUUUGAGCGUCUCUGGCACCUUGACCAUGGCAGGUGUGGUGAAGCUAUUCGAUCAAAAUGGCGCUUCCAACGUCAAUAUUACAGUCAUUGAAAGAGGUAUGUUUAAAAUUCUAGGAAAAUCUAGCAGCUCUGCUUCUAAUUUCUCUGAAAUCGGCGCAGGGGAGAUUGAUGUGUUCGGCCAGUUUUUAGCCGGAAUUGUAACGCCAUCCGGUGGAUGGAAUCGACUGCGUGUACUUCAAGGUGGCUCUAUGGUUGUCCAAUUUAAUGACCACUUACAGAUAGACACCAUAGAAAUUUCGGGUAACUUGCAGGUGUUGAGUGUGGCGAACAUCAGUGGUCUUACAAGAGCACGGACUGGUACCAUAAACAUAGCAAAUGGUGGCAUGUUUACACUAAAUUCUCAGAAGGAUACUGGGAUAUCGAUCAUUCGUGUAUCAAAUGUAGAAGUUAACGGAACGUUUCUAGGUGGGCGGGUGAUCCCUGUAGAGGGUUGGGAUCGAAUCAGUGUUGGAUCCCAAGGAAUUUUAACUUUUGAAUUGACUGACGAACUUCGUACUGAUGAAAUAGUAGUUUCUGGGAAUUUAGAAGUAGCAAAUAAUGUCUCAAUUCGUGGCUAUACACGUGAAAGAAUUAACAAAGUUCUGGUCAAUGCAGGGGGUUCGUUGAUUUUAAAUUCUCAGAAGGUUGGAACCUCGUAUCUCAGAAUGUCAAAUGUGGAAAUUAACGGACAGUUCUUUGCGGGAAAAGUAUCGACAGUUGAAGGAUGGAAUCGUCUUGCCGUGCAGCCACAGGGAAAUAUGAAUAUAAAUUUGAUCGGGGAGUUCCUAGUUGACGACUUGGAAGUUUCAGGGAUUUUAGAAAUAACAAAUAAUGUAUCAAUCAGGGGAUAUGCGAAACGAAGAACUAGUAGAGUUGUGGUCAAUGUAGGAGGGUCAUUAACUUUGAAUUCUCAGAAAAAUGGAACAUCGUAUCUCAGAAUGUCAAUCGUAGAAAUUAACGGACAAUUCUUGAUAGGUGAUGCAUCAACCGUGGAAGGAUGGGACCAUUUAAUGGUCAAACCAAAAGGGAUUAUGAAAAUUAAAUUCACAAGUGACUUCCAAGUUGAUAGGUUAGAAGUAUCAGGAAAUAUGGAAAUUGAAAAUUCGGUAAUCAUUCGUGGUUUCAGCGAAAAUCGUACGCGAGAUUUAGUUAUCAACAAUGGCGGCUCUAUUACCCUUGAUUCUCAGAAGACAUCCGGAGUGUCUAUAAUCCGUGUAUAUAACGUCACCAUUAACGGUCAAUUUCUGGCAGGAACAGUUUCACCUGGUCAGGGAUGGAACUUAUUCAGCAUUGGUUUGCAAGGAAGCAUGAUUAUUGCGUUCCACGGCAAGUUACGAGUCGACAAUGUGAUUAUUUCUGGGAAUUUGGUGGUUUCAAAUGAGGUAAAGAUUCGUGGAUACAGUAAUAUCGAGACACUAGAAUUUAAACUCGAAACAGGAAGUUCUGUAAAAUUAAUGGCGGAAAGUUAUAAUGUCAGUUGUGGAGAAAAGAACGUUUAUUCCGAACUGCAGGUCCUCCAGUUGUCAAUAAAAGGUAUUUUCCAUGCUGGGCCAUUAUCCAUCCAUAAUGGAAUUAAUGAUUUUAGUAUCUCUAACACCGGUAAUUUCCAGUUUUAUCCGGUUGGAGAAUUCUGGUUUAACCACUUUAAUGUAAACGGAAGAAUGACGUCAUAUCGUGACGGAAUAUUUGAAGGCCGACAUAAUCUGCCUAUCCCGCAUGCGCAAUUUGGACCAAGUUCUGACGUUGUAAUUAAAAGAUGUUUCAAUAACUCACGAAUUAUUGCUAACAUUGUUACUGUUGCGGGGAAAGUUGUAACAGAUCUACUUGAUAUUGGUGAAAACUGGCAAAAACUAACCGUCACUGGAACAUUUGAAUUUCUCCCAGCAGAUACAUUUAAUAUUUCAAAGACUGUUAUUAACGGAACAUGGAGGAGCAUUAAACCAUUCCGUGAUAGUAUUCCGUUACUUGGAAACACAUUGGUUGUAAACGUGGGAGGUCUGAUGAGUUUAAACUACCAACAGAAGCUUGAAGACCCAACAUUGGGUAGCAUACCGUCCACAAUUCGAAUGACUGCUUCCAUUGAUAUCCAUGGGCGUUUCGAAGCAGGUUCAGUAAACAUGUUUUCAGACGGCCUAAAAAUAUCCACUCAUGGCUUGCUGACAGUGGACUGGGGAGGUUAUGCCAGCGGUCAGGGGCCUGGUGCAGGGUCUGCUUCAACUUCCGGUUCAUCUGGAGCAAGUCAUGGAGGGAGGGGAGGAAAAGGCGCCGGUAUAUCAUGUUACAGAUUACCAUAUGGAUCUAUCUAUACCAGAGGCACUUGGGGAAGUGGUGGUGGACAUGCUGGGAACCUGGGAGGUAGAGGUGGUGGUAAAGUACACCUUGAGAUACAACAAAGAGUACACCUGGAUGGAAGGGUACAAUCUUCAGGAGAACCUGGCAAGGUGAGCUUAUUUGAGUAUGCAUGGAUUCCAUAUUUCACUGGUAACAACUGUUCUUAUUGUUGCUCUUAUUCGUUGGCUUUGCAACUUGAAAGGGAGGAAAAAUAUCAACUGAACAGUUUAAAAAUAUCUGUUGGUCUUGCAUUACCUGUAUACAUAUAAUCGAUCGUAAACCCAAAAGCGAUAUGCUAACAUAAUUUAUAUCAAAUCUACUAGUCUUGCGCGUUAUAUUCCAUACACAUAUUAUGGUACUUCCCUUUUUAAUAGGGAAGGAAUGCUGGUGGUGGAAGUGGUGGAUCAGUAUGGAUAAACUGCACUGAGUUUAAUGGUAAGGGGUUCAUAUACGCAAACGGCGGGAAGGUGUCUGAUGACGGAGGUGGUGGUGCUGGUGGUCGAAUUACUGUCAAUUACCAGCAUGGAGUAUUCCACAGUGAUCAAACGUCAGCCUACGGAGGAACCGCCAGGGUAGAAAAUGGAGGACCAGGAGUUAUCUAUUUGUUUGGACAGAGACCACUGAAUAAGAAUUUGAGAAUUGACAACAAAGGAAAGGGAGCUGUGGUAAAGUAUAUAAUAUUUAACAAAUAUAAAACAUUUUCCGUUUUGAUAUACAGUUAUAUCAACACGAGUGGAUUGGGAAAACGAGAAAUCGAGUAUUCCAAUUUCCACGAGUGUUGAUAUAACUAUAUAUCAAUACGGAAAAAAUGUUUUAUAUUUGUUUUAUAAUAUAGCACAAAGAAAUAUAAAGAAAGAAAUUUUCCGACGUUUCCGUGUUGACAUUAGGGAGCUUAAGCAUGUAGGACGGCAACACGACGACGACGACAACCAAUACAAUGAGUCAAUGAAAAGUGAAUAAAUAAUUAAAGUCCCAGGGGAGAUUCAGACGUGGUCGUGGCUCUGUUUACAACGGCAAAUCACAGAUUUUCACGUCUUUUGUACAACGCCUGCAUUUCAAGACGUGCCAAGUGCAACUUAAAUUCCGUUCAGUAGAACUCUUUCCAAACAUAAAGCCAAUGUUUUCAACUUCUUAUACUGUAUUAAACUCAUACGAAUUAUAAUAUACGACAAGUUAUGUUUACUAUCAUUUAUUUGAAGGAAUUUGUUUUGGCCGUCGUCAUCGUGUUGCCGUCCUACAUGCUUAAGCUCGCUAUUGAGUUAUAUCAACACGGCUCUUAGCCAAUCAGCGUUCAGAAUUUACAAAUGCUAUAUUAUAAAAUAUAAUAUAAUGUUUAAUAUUCUUUUCUUUAAGUCCUUUAAGACUGAAUUUAGUCACUAACAAAAUAUAGUAUUAGAUUAGUGAUUAAUGUGGUAUUUAUAUUAGAGCGAACAAUUAAGCUCGGUCAAAUGACUCAGCAAAGAAAAAACAUCCAGUCCAGUAAACUUUGAAAAUGCGAAGCGAGAUUCUUGUUAGGCUAGUAAGUUUUGGUUCCCAUAGAAAGGCGCAAGAUAAACGCAAGGUGAUUCCUAAAAACAUCAUAUUUGCGGUAAGAACUCUGAGUAGGCAAUGGCUGCAAUUGUUAUACAUAGCCUCAGGUUCAUUCUGAGUUAAAGUCUGAAAGUUUGUUUAGAUAUUGGCAAGAUUGUAUUUUCCAUUUUAUGAUACGUCCGAUGUCGUUUAUCUCGUAUUUUUCAACUAUGAUCAUUCAAGUGACUCUAAAAUCUCAGUGUAUAAAUGUAUCUUAGUAGUGCAGUUAUAACUUAUUAGUUAGAAUUCCUGUUUAAAUGUUUAUAGGAGAGCGAACAAGCCCGAUUAAACUGACUUCCCUCAACAAAGGAAAAACAUCCAGUCCACUUGCAAAGCGAGAUUCUAGUUAGGCGGGCAAGUUGGCUUUAGUUGCCAUAGAAAAGCGCAAGAUAAACGCAAGGUGUUUCCUAUUAAAAAAACCUGGCUGCAAUUAUGAUACAUAGUCUCAGUUCCUUUCCGAUUAACAUUAACAUCUGAAAGUUUGUAUGGCCAGAUUUUAUGUUCCGUUAAUUUUGUGAUGCAUCCAAUUUCGUUUAUUUCGUAUUUUCAACUGUCAUUCAUUUAAGUGACACUCAAAUCUCAGUGUGUAGUCCUAGCUUGGUACUGCAGUUAACUUAUUAGUUAGAAUUCCUUCUGACGAUAUCAAUGUGUUUGUUUUAUUUGCAGGUCUACCAAGGUUCAGAUUUUGAAAAGUUUAAAUCUUCAGGUAAUUAUUUUAUUUGUAUGGUAUUUUAUUAGUGACUGGCCAAACAUGUAUACCUGUGAAUCACCGUAACAAGCUUGAUUAAGUAAGACAAAAUUCGCAUGUGGUGAGAGGAAAGGGAUCUGAUAAGAGGUAAAAGAUAAUGCAUUAGGCUACUGCUUGUGUUCUUUCUCUAUACCAUCUCAAGUUUGUAAUUGGAAAUCGUAAGUGGAAAUUGCCUCAAUUAAGCGUUGCCCGCUCGAUAUCAGUUAAUUUGGGAGGUAAUAUCAAUCGCUCGAAAGUGUGUUUGUCACUUCUCAAUGCACGUGUGGAUAUCCUGACGCUGAAACACGCUUUCUCAUGUUAUUAUACUGUGUUAUAUCCAGUACUAUAUUCUACAGUGCUUUAAGACAUGGGAACCCAAAUUUAAAAUCACUUCAUUUCUCUAUUGUGUAGGAGCUGUUGCCUAUCUCCUUCCAGAAACAGACAAUUUUAUAUUUGACUUUACAUUUGUUGAAAUCUACGGCACGGCGCAUCUUUAUGUUGACGGUGAAAGAACACAACUGACAACAAAGCUCGUUCAAGGUGAUGACACAGGGUACAUACACGUUGCUCCUGGCAACACACUGCGACUUACCGCUGAUUCUACAUAUCGUCGUACCAAUGUCACGUGGGGUCCUCUUAUAUACCAGGGAGCAUUCUUCAUACUUCCAAAUGCUACAGUUGAAUUCAGGGAAGUCAGUCCAUCAUCAAAAAGACCAUCGUAUAUUGAUAUUUGGGGCCAGGUUGUUGGUAACCUAGCGCAUCUUAUGGUUGGCUUCGGCGCUACGUUGACAUUCAAAGAAAUAGCCCCAAGGUCAUUAACAUUUGUCGGUAUCACAAUUCAGAAAAAGGGAAGACUCGUUUUGGAAAGUGAAUACGGUAACACGACAGACUGCUGGGAUAUUAAUCUGUUCGCAGACAUGGGCCCACUGAGGCGCGAUGGAAAACUGUCGGUGGAAGGUGGUGGGAUCCUGGAAACUAGGAGAUUACGAAUUAAUGCUGAGUCUCUUGACAUACAAUACGCGGGACUGAUUAACUUAAAUGGACAGGGUUAUGUUGCAGGUAAUGUGAGCAAAGCUGCUUUAGAUAUAGUUACAAUCGUUUUUGCUAUUUUUACUUUUUUUGCAAAAUUCCUAUUUGGAAGUGGGAUUACAUUCCCUGAGAAAUGGAAUUUAGCGAAGAUGUUUGUUUAUUUUUUGGAGUCUCCGAGCGAAAAAAGUUUUGCUUUUAAAAAGAAAAUCAAGAAAAUAGUCUUGCUUUCAUUUCUGAAGAUAGGAAACCCUGGAUUGUUUUCUUUCUAUAUUAGCAGAGUGUUUUGAAUGUUUGCAAUUUAAUCCGGGCAUAAUUGAUACAAAAGAUGAAGGAGAAACACAUUAAAGGCUGAGAGAGAGCAUUACCUGUAGUGUGUAACGUAACAUUCUUUCUCUGAAUAUUUUGGCCUUUACAAAUUGAUGAGAGCCAUUACUGUAUUGAAAACUUUCUCAAGUUAAUUUUUAAAUAAAUUACUUUGGCUUCAUUUUCUAGGUCAGGGUAUCGGUGCUGGAGAUUCAACCGGAUCCGGUGCUGGCUAUGGUGGCCAUGGUGGACUGGUAUCAAGUGGAGGAACGCCAGGAAGUCCCUAUGGAUCUAUACUUUACCCCACGCAUUUCGGUAGUGGUGGUGGUGGAAGUCAAGGGGGGAAAGGUGGUGGAUUUUUGGAACUAGAAAUUAGAGUAUCACUUAUUGUAGAUGGUAUGUUGCAUUAUCCACUAGUACUUCAAACGACAAAGUUACCAAGUCUGUUCAAAGACGUAAAAGGCAGGAUUGAAUUAGGGAGUUGGACAGGCUGGAAUUGGCAGAAACAAUCUGAAAAUUAUACGACAACUACAACCCCUGUUGAGAAUAGUACAACCUUUUUCUUUCAAAAUAUCCAUGAAUACAGGAUGUUUUCCUAGUCCAGUUGAUAAUUUUAUUUAUUUUUUAUUUAUUUAGCUUUGCCAACUAGGGCAGGGUCACCACAACAGCAUAUGCCAAUUACUGUGGGCCCUUUUAUACCUAACCCACCCUGUCAACUUUCCCUGUGGGAGGAAACCGGCGUACCCGGGGAAAACCCACGGCUUUCGGCAGAGUGUUGACUUUUACUCUUUUCGCAUGGGGACUGGGUUCGAGUCGCAAUGAGAAGGUACUUAGUGAGACUCGAACCUGCAGCCUCAGAGGUGAAAGGCAAGUGCGCUAACCACUUGGCCACCGAAGUCCUGUAUCAGAAGUCCUGUAUCAGAAAAUAAUCAACCGCACAGUUGUCUUUUAAUAAGCUUAAGAUCAAUCACAACAGCAGGUUUUUGGCGUUUAGGUAUCAUCACUGCUAAUGGAAUGACGUCAUCAAACAAUGGUGGGGGCAGUGGUGGUAGUAUUUUAAUUACCACUAAAGCACUUGAAGGUUCUGGCCAGAUAACAGUGAAGGGUGGUGAUGGCGCUAAUGGUGGCGGAUCUGGUGGUAGACUGGCUAUAUACUGGCAUGAUAGAGAAUGGUGGUUUGGUCAACUCCAGGCAUUUGGUGGUUCUUCAUCCGGAAAUGGGGGAGCUGGAACCAUAUAUCUACAGGUAUGGUCAUUUGAUUGUUUUAUGCCCUGAUGAGGGAACUGAUUCUUUCUGAUCAAGUUAGGAUAAGCAGUUGUUGCACAUUCACCGUAAUAGUGCAGAAGCCCCGUUCGAAAAGAACAUAGGUUUUUGUGAAAUUUGGCUACUUAGGGGUUUGAACCGAUGUUUUUAAUUUUGUAACUCGUAUGGAAAAUAACGUUUUGCUGCAGUGGCUUUGGUGAUUACUGAUUAGUAUACACUGUACAUACUAUUUUUGCUACUGAUGCAAUUUAACCAAAGAUACAAAGCAACAAUAUUGCCUUGAAGUCCCAGUCUUGAUUACCCUGGAUUCCAGAGCCUUCGACAGUAAAUAAUAAAUUGAAAUGUCGCGAAGGCUCUGGUUCAACGGGGCGAUCCUUUGAUUAAACCGCGCCAAUCACAAAACAGAAUUAGUGGUUUUAGUACACCACUAAUUCUGUUUUGUGAUUGGCGCGGUUUAAUCAAAGGAUCGCCCCAUUGAACCAGAGCCUUCGCGACAUUUCAAUUUAUUAUUUACUGUCGAAGGCUCUGGAAUCCAGGGUAAGUCUUGAUGGGAUGAGUUAAAUCAAACAGGAAAGGUUUUGACUGUAAUAAGUUACUUAUGGAUAUUUGAAGGUUGUUUAGUUGUUACUGCGACGUAUGAUGUAGUCAAGCGGCGUUCAACUCAUAUCGAAAUGUGAGCUCCAGUUGAUAUCCUACACCAAUACACUAUAUUUUUACAUGAAGUACUGAAUAAAAACAAAAUGGCGGAUUGCUGAAGAGUGCUACAGCGAAAUCGAUAAACAAACUUCCUAAUUUUAUUUGUACGUCGUAGGUUUUCUAUAUUUACAUGAUUACAACAAGUUUUGUUCAGGAUAGCUAACAUGACACUUGUUGAACGAGACGUGGAAUCGUGGAUAUACAUUUUAAAAGAGCCAGUCAAUUUAUAUAAAUAUCGUUUCCAUCACAUUGACAUUGGCAGUGCAUUUUCAAUUUCAGUGAGGAGUUUGAGACUAUUAAGUAUUCUCAAAAAGUCUAGCAAUUAUGAUAUUGGGUGUCCAGCUGGUAUGUUAAUCCUGCAUCACACUCCGUAGUAUUAUUGCAGUGUUCCAACUCUAAUUAACUGCAUUGCCGUUGAAUACCCGAAACAUAUAUUUGCAUGUCGCAUAAAAACAUUUGCAUGUCUAAAUUCCGUAAUAUAAGUUACAUGUAUUUGAUCUUUCCUUCUGUACUUUUCGUAGGAUAAGCAACCUGGGGUCUUCAACCGAACCCUCAUUAUCGACAGUAACAAUCGACCACCAUCGACGCCUGAAAUUGACUAUUCAAACUGGAGAGUUGAUAGCGGACGGACUUGGCUUCAUUCAAAUGAAACUGAUAUGGAAUUCGAGGAAGUUCAUAUUUUGCGCGGGGGAGAGUUAGCGAUUUAUCCGGGUGUUAAGCAGUAAGAUUUUUGUUAUUUUGCUUGAGCUAGAAGUAGAAGGUAGAUUUAUUGUUUAAAAAGUCUCUCGCAAUUGGCUGAAGAAAGACUAAAUUACUUGCGAAUUAUUAAAAAUUAUUCAUAACGACAGUGCUUAUAUCCGUGAGGUGCAUGUUUGUUCGACGUCCACUGUCGCGAGAAAAUCCAAGCAAAAACAAAAUAAUUAAAGUUUUCAUUUUGGACAGUUUUGGGCGAUUUUUAAUUUUGUCCUUAUUUUACCUGAAAAUUGUGUGAGAAGAAACCUUCUGUCUGAAAACGCAAUUGAUAUCCAAUGGAAAAUCGAUGUCCAGUGGCAAUGGCAAUGGACAUCGAUUUUCCAUUCGAUAUUAAUUGAGUGUUCACCGACAAAUCAAAUUUUUGUCCCAUGAAAACGUUUAAUUAACUUAUGUAAAAUUGAACGUAUGUAAAUACCAAAACAUCGGUAAACAAACAUCUGUAAACGGUUUAGCAUGGCAUCAAAGAAAAACUAACUUACAUUAAACUAAUCCGAUGAGAAACCUCCCUCCUCUUAAGCUACUUUCUACAAUAUAGCGUUUGCACUCAUUCCCCAGGGACCAACUCGACAAAAGCCACGGCGGCCAUGUUGGUGUUCCAGACAAAAGAAUUUAAUUAAAAUUCUUUUGAAUCGGAACACCAACAUGGCGGCUGUGACGUCAUGUGCAAACGCUUUAUAAAUCCUAACUUCAACGCUGGAUCAACAACAAAUUUCUUAGUUGUUUUUAUUUCAGCCGGUUCUUCCGUCUCGCCGGUCUUUUGUGCAUUUAAUUCUUGCUCGAGUUGUUGUUUACUGCUGAGGUGAUUUUCAACCAGUUUUUGAGAGGUGGACAUCAAUUGUCAAGCAGUGGACAUCAAUUUUCGAGCAGUGGACAUAAAAAAUAGUGAAAACAGGAAGUGGAAAGUAAUGCAUGGCAUCGGCUGGGCGACCAAUCAGAACACGAUACGCGCCAUAUUUAUGGGACAAUAAGGUUUAGGCCAAAAAAAAAUAUGUGGGUUUCCGGUUUCCCGACCCUACCUAGCUUUUGGACGUCGAAAUCCCGACCCUAAACUUUUUUAUUGGAUCAUGCUUGUAAGUGUUUCCACUUAGAGGAAAAAGUUUGUGGAAAAUUGAAAUUUGAGGAAAUAUUAGGGAAAUUUAUCUUUGGAUGUGGAAGCACUGACUAAACAAAAUGGCGUCCGCUUAUUCGGAAAAUUAAGAAAAAAAUUUUAAAAAAAAGUUAAAACCGACCUACCCUACCUAAGUUUUUAUAAGAAGAAACCGGAAACCCACAUAUUUUUUUUUUUGCCUUAUAAGUAAGUUAUUGAUUUCUCUACGAAAAGGAUAAUGUGAAAUAUUGUCCGACUUCCAUGCCGCUGAAAUAUUAUUGAACUUUAUUCUUAAUAAGGUUUUGAGUUUCUGUCUAUUUUCAAAACAAUUAAGUGAUUGUUGAGAUUAUGUGUGUGUAAUGCAGUAGGUCUGCGAAUGGUAUAUAGCCUAGACUACCCGGCUACCGUUCAUUUUGUUUACUCUGUUCAAAUGCUUUUUGUUAAUUAUUUAUGUUUCAUCAGAGCGGCGAGAGUACAUAAGUUUGUCGGUGACACUACUGGUAUAUUGCACGUUGGUCCACAACAAACUGUGAUUGGUCAGUUUGCUGAUGACGGAGAGUUUGAAAUAAAUACAUAUGUAUAUGAGGACGGUAUACUACAUCUCCCAAAGUCAUUCCUUUGCCGUGAAAUUCAGAUUACUAACAGGUGGGUUGAACAUUUUUUCUUAGCUAGCUCAGUUCUUGUCCAGCAAAAACUCUUUCAAUUAUAUACGGCAACUAUUUAUCACAGACUGUAUUCCAUUUCUUUCUGUAAAUGGAACGAAAAAACGCUCGCACUAAUUUUGAGUUCAAAUUAAAAUAGAUCUUUGCCUGGAAGUCACAAGCAUCAAUCACGUUCAUUAAAUUUUACAAUGUUUGGUCGAGCUACUACUGAUUAAGUAUAAUUGGUAUAAUAUACGUUGUUUAUCAAUAGGACAUGCGCCGUUUAUGUCGAUCAGUUAUUGUUUUCAUUAUUCAAUUCAAUUGUUCACAUAAUUCGUAACAGUGUUAGGGAGAAUUAAAAAAUGUCAUAAUUAUAUCGAAACAUAAGGGUAUGAUGUAUUUUCGUUUGCUCAUUCUUUCUUAGGGGCACAAUAAAUAUGAUUGACGUGACAUUAGCCCACAACUGUCAUCUGCUUCUGUCACGUACUGGUACCACAAGACUGGCAAACAAGAUGGGUACAUUUCAAUUUCGCAGUUUGAUAAUCGCCGAUGGCGGCGAGAUGACGUCAACUAGUGACGUCAAAAACACGAGUCUUAUUCUGGUUAUGGACGAAGGCAAUGUUCAGGGCGGCGGACGGCUACACAUGACAAACAUGGUUAUUGAAGCGGGAAAUUUUACUGUAGAUGAUCUUGGAAUUGUUCAAGGCGAUACGUAUGAUAAUAGGUAAGUAAAAGUGAUUUAGAUUGAAAUAGAUAGACUGCAUGUAUAUGAAUUUUUUAACAUUUUACUGUUAAUUAAAUGUCUUAACCCAAUAGCCAGUGCAUAUUGUUUCGAAACGGGCUACUGCCGUACCCUUUCUAUCAUAUAAAAUCAUGUUAAGAUAAAACAUUUUAAUUAACGUGGGCUUUUUUAAUUUAGUUGUUCUCAUGGCAAUGGCUUGUCACAUUCUUUUGGUUCAUCUGGUGCUGGCCAUGGUGGGACUGGAGGUUUGGGAACGAAUCAAAACCGUGUUGGUACACCAUAUGGGAACCUGUAUGAGCCCACGGAUUUUGGCUGUCGUGGUGGCAGUAUAAACGGACCUGGUUUGGGCGGCGGAAUUAUAAAAAUAAAUGUUUUAAAUAAAUUUAAAGUGGACGGCGCCGUCACAUGCAGUGGAUCUUCAGGCAAAGUUAGUGCAUCAGGUGGUGGUAGUGGGGGAAGUUUGUGGAUAGAAACGAAUAUAAUGCAAGGUUAGGACAGAUCUACUUAAUCAUGUAAAAUAGGCAUGGUUGCAAUAAGAACAGUAAGAUGUCUCGUGUGCGUUUACAUGCAUGACAAUAAUUUUAAUCGUCGAUUCAGGCUUGUUGUUCGAAAGCUUUAACAAGUAAAUAAAGGUGGUGUUUUUCCUGAAAUAAUACAAUUAUAUAUGAGAUAAUCCUUUCAUGACAUUGGCUGAGCAAACCAGGUAAUAAUUCAAUUUAGACAAUGUCUUGGCAACCGCUUCAAUUUAGUUUUCUCCAUUGUAUAAAAAAUUAAUGUGAUUUAUUUAUACUGCUUGAGUUCAUAAAUACUAUUAAAAAACUCAUUAAUAAUUCAUAAGGAAAUUACAAAAGAAAUGAAUGUUUAAUCAAUGUUUGUAAAUCGGAUGAAGAUUAUUUUGUCCUGCUUUACAUAAACUUCAGCUUUGAUUUUCUCGGCUUUAAUAUAACAAUGUUUAUUUCUAAAAUUACUUGAAUGCUCCAAUGAACUCAUAAGAUGGGUCGUUUUUUAAGCACAUUAUUCGGCGAGAGUUUGUAUAUCAGAUAAAGAUCGGAUGCGAAUGUUUUAACUAGUACUUGUCUAACUUCUUGCUUUGUUAUUGUUACGCUAGGUUAUGGUAAAAUGCAGGUUAAUGGAGGUGAUGGUCAUCAGUAUUCAAAUGUUGGUACAUAUGAUGGAGGUGGUGGAGCUGGAGGUAGACUGGCAGUGUACUUCAAAAGUAAUCGUACCUACAGCGGGACAUUCGAGGCAUAUGGUGGCAACAGUGGUACACAUGGUGGUACUGCAGGUGGUGCUGGAACUAUAUUUCUUUACCAUCGUAUUUAUCGUCAUCGCACGUUGAUUGUAAGUAACCACCUACGUUCGCCUGUAAAACCACGUGACGAAGCCAUUUCCAGUUAUUCUGAUCUGUCUCUUAUUCCUGGAACUGCUUGGUUGUUAACAGAAGGUAAAAUACAUGAAUUUGCAAAAGAUUUGAAUUACCAUUUUGAAGAAUUGCAAAUUUAUGGCGGAGUGCAUCUAGCUAUUCAUGAAAAUUCCGGUGGAAGCCCAAGUUUACAUUUUCGACACAUGAUCGGAGACCGCUCGGGAACAGUUCAUAUCGGCCGAGACCAAAAGAUGGAUCUAAAUAGAACAAAUAUUGACUUGCCAUUUAGUGUUCAUGUGUACGAUGCAGGUUACCUAGGAUUAGCACCCUACACUGAAGUACAUGGAGUGAAUAUACAUGUUGAUGGUGUUAUAGAAAAUAUUGAUGAUCUAUUAUUACAUCAUAGUGGAGUGUUAUAUUUGAAUGAAGGAGCGAAGACUGGGAAUACUCAUAUCAAAGAUGCUUUUAAGUAAGAUCUCACAUUGUUUGUAUUUUCUUAUUCUUCUCUCUGUUGUAGGGAUACUCUAUAUAUACGUAGCCGACGAUCACGCUGCCAAAGUUUAUAGGCCUGAAAUACAUGCAAAUGAUUAAAAAUACGAUAUUUUGAAGAUCCUUGUAACUUCCGAAGACUGGCCUCAUAAUCGAGGUCCAUUUUUUGAUACGUCGAAUGCUAGGUUUUUAAUCAAAGAAUUUUCCCAAUUUUGAAUCAAAAUGUGGUUUCAGCUAGUGGUGUCAAGUAACGAAGUAAAUGUACUUCGUUACUGUACUUGAGUACUAGUUUUGAGAAGUCAGCAUGGAGUACUUUUACUUGGAACGAAGUCGUUUUAAGAAGUUUUGUGGCGGAGUAUUCGUUACUUUCUAUAAACGUUUAAUUUUACGUAAUUUAUUCCUGAUUUAUUUUAAUUUUGGGAUAGGUAAUAGGACCUAUACAUGCGUUUGGGAUCUCUCGCUUGUGGCUUACUUAUAAGCAUUAUUUAUUUAAUGGAUUUCUUAUUUCUUCAACGGGGUCUGGAAAGUAGACAAUGCCGUGAAAUAUUGUAUAUUUAUAAUGCGUGUGCUGUUUUGUGUUUUUUUUGUAUCUCAAUCCAUCAAUGGAGAAGCCCCCCCCCCUCCCUACACGCUACACACAAUAGUACUUUUACUUUUACUUUGUACUUCAAGUAUUUUUUAAUUAAGGAUACUCUGUACUUUUUACUUAAGCACGUUUUGCCUCCAGUACUUUUUACUCUUACUCAAGUUGUUUUAUUGUUAAUUACUUCUACUUUUACUCGAGUACAAAUUCAAAGUAAUUUAGGCACCACUGGUUUCAGCUAAGAUGUUUAGACUGUUUUACGUACUUGAUUAGAAAAUAAGAAAUACGUCUCUGUCUUUAUUGUAGAUUCAGAAAUAUACGUAUCCAAGCAGAAGGUAUGAUUCACAUGCAUUCUUCCCCUGUGUCUCACGGCGGUAUGAAUCUCAGUGUGACGUCAUUAACUAUCGAAGGUGGCGGGAAAAUGGUGGGAAGUGAUUUACAUAUUGAAGCUACUGACCUGACUAUUGACGCCGGCGGGGAAUUGUCUUUGGCAGGAGAAGGCUAUAAACUUGGCGAUGGCACUGGUCAAGGUGUUAAUGGUGUUAUAAAUUUCGGACGAGGGGUUGGUUCUGGAACUGGAUCUUCCGGGGGUGGUCAUGGAGGUACAGGUGGCAGAGGCUCGGCUACAAAGUAUGUUGGAUUGCCAUAUGGGAAUUUAUAUGAACCAACAGAUUUCGGAAGUAGUGGUGGUGGUGUCACAGGACAGGAAGGUAAAGUCGUCAAAUUCUUACUGUUGGUGGUGUCUGUCCGACAUAAGUCUUCAGUCUACAUAGGUACGCUUUUCAAUAGCAAAAGGGUCUCUGCUUAGGUCUCUGCUAAAACGCUUUAAGAAAGGCCUCCGCCGAAAACUCUGAAUUGUUUUAAUGUUUUUCAAGAUAAUGUCAAUAUCUCCUGUUAAUUGUUUGUUUCAGCUACACUACAUACAAUAAUAAUAAUAAUAAUUAAAACUUAUAUAGCGCAAAUUAGCAUGUAAAUAUGAUCAAAUGCGCUUAUUAACUGUAGUCGACUAUAUUAACUGUAGUCGAUUUUGUUUAGGACUGAAUUGUUGAAUCCAUAAACACUUUAUCUUCUCAGGUCGCGGCGGAGGUCGUCUCUUCCUCGACGUAUCAAACCUUCUUGAAAUUGACGGAGACCUGAGUGCUGAUGGACAGGCAGGCACGUCUCACAAUGGUGGUGGUGGUGGAGGAAGUUUAUGGAUAUACACUAACAUCAUUAAGGGAUAUGGUACAAUCCGGGCAAAUGGCGGACCGGGUUCAAGUCUUGGGGGCGGAGGAUCCGGUGGUAGGAUUGCCGUAUACUUUCAGAAGAAUGAAACUUUCUCAUAUUUCUCUUACCGCGCACACGGUGGAGUGGGUGGAUCAAAUUCCGAGGCAGGAGGGGCGGGAACUGUGUUUCUCUAUCACUUAUACCAUGAACACCGUACACUCUUGAUCAGUAACAAUGGACAAUCAGCUUUAAACAAGCACAUGACCUAUACUCAACUUGACCGCGAAGGAGGAAAAGCCUGGAUAAUGCCUAACUCGGGAAUUCAUAAGUUCGCGGAUUCAGAAAGUAAGUUCCAUUUCGAAGAACUGCAAAUUUAUGGUAAAGCUCAUUUCGCGUUUUGGCCAUCAAACAGAACCAACAUUUCCAUUUACUUUCGUGACAUGAUUGGAGACCGUUCAGGAAUGGUUCACGUGGGUGCUGGGCAAGACUUGGAUUUACAGAGAGAGGAAAUUGAUUUACCGUUUAGUGUUUAUGUAUACAAGGACGGCCAUCUUGGAUUAGCUCCGAGAACUUUUGUACACGGAAUUGAGAUUAUACUACGUGGUACAUUAUCACAUGUUCGUAAUAUCACACUACAUCAUGGCGCACAGUUCUGGCUUUUGCACGGAGGUCGGACUAAAAACAUGAGUAUACAUCAAUAUCAGUUUGAUUCUGUCCGUAUUCAAGACACUGCUAUUGUUCAUGCAGUAACUUCCCCUGUCAAAGACCCUGGGAUUACAUUCGUUACUCAGUCUAUGGAGAUUGAAGGUGGGGGGUUGAUGCGUGGAACAAGGUUAACUUUUACCACAACAAAUCUCACAAUAGAUGACGGGGGUAAACUUGUUGCAGACAAUCUUGGUUAUAAUACAUCACAUGGUUUUACUGGCAAAGGGUUGCAUGGCUUGAUAAAUCCAGGGGCUGGAUUAAGUUCACAAUAUGGAGGAUCUGGUGCAGGACAUGGUGGACGUGGAGGACGUGGUAAGUUGAAGAACGGAGCAGAAAUCACAGGCGCCCCAUAUGAUGACUUGUAUGAGCCAGAUAUGUUUGGUAGCGCUGGAGGACGAAGGGAAAGCACCCAGCGAGGAGGAAGUGGAGGAGGUGUAAUCUGGAUGAACGUUACAAAUACAAUCAAUAUCGAUGGAAUAGUGACGGCAAAUGGCGAAGCUGGACCGGGUACUGGCAGUGGUGGAGGCAGUGGUGGGAGUAUUUGGGUGUACUGUAAAAGAAUCCUUGGGUAUGGAAAGAUAUCUACCAACGGAGGAGAUGGGUACAUGAAGGAUGGAUAUCGACCAGCAGGGGGAGGGGCAGGUGGCAGAAUUGCAAUAUAUUUCCAGGGAAAUGAAACAUCAACGUACUUUGUGUACGAAGCACGUGGUGGGGCAGCACGUGGCUGUCAAGUAGGAAAAGAACAUCUCUGUGAAGCUGAGGCAGGAGGUCCUGGAACUGUGUUUUUGUAUCAUAUGAUCGAAGAACAUCGCACACUACUAAUCCAUAAUGGUGGUCAAAAACCUCUAGUGUCUGCAAUCGCAGAUUACAAUGAUCUACGAAAAGAUGGCUGCAAAGCAUGGAUUUUACCUGAAUCGGGAAAACAUCAUUUUGCAAACCGAGGACAAGAUUUUCAUUUCGAAGAGCUUCAAAUAUAUGGAGGUGGUCAUCUUGCUAUAUAUACUGAUCCAGUUGGUAAGCCUGCGUCGUUGUUUUUUAAACAUAUGAUCGGUGAUCGUAGUGGGGUUAUUCAUAUUGGCUUAAACCAAGUAAUGGACUUACGUCGAGAUGAGAUAGAUCUCCCCUUCAGUGUACAUGUCUAUCUCGGAGGAUACCUAGGCCUUGCUCCGUAUACUGAAGUACAUGGUGUAACGUUGUAUUUGUCUGGAGUUCUUGCACAUGUGCAGAACAUGACACUACACCACGGUGGUGCUUUUUGGAUGUACCAUGGAGGUCGGACUACCAAUCAGAGCAACAGUACAUACAAGUUUGAUACAGUCAGGAUAGAAGAUAACGGGGUUAUUCAGGGCUUAACCUCUCCAGUAGACCAUCCAGGAGUGACGUUCCAUGUCCGUGCACUUAGUGUUGAAGGCGGAGGUUUAUUCCAUGCCACACGUCCUGCAAUAAUUGCUGAAAAUAUUACAAUUGAUGAUGGCGGGCGUAUGUCAGCAGAUGGUCUUGGUUAUAAUAGAACACACAUGGAUCUUCGUGGUUUGCAUGGGAUUGUAAAUCCAGGACGGGGUUUUCUCUACUCGGGCGCGGGGCACGGCGGAACGGGCGGGCAAGGUAGCGGAUCAGUGCAGGCUGGAUUACCCUACGAUGACUUAUACGAAGCUGUGAUGUUCGGAAGCAGCGGUGGUGGAUCAAAGUCAGGGAAUGGCGGAGGUGUUAUGUUCUUUAAUGUCUCAGAUAUCUUUCAUAUUGAUGGCGUGGUUAGUGCUAAUGGUCAUGAAGUCACAAAGGGUCGGGAUGGAGGUGGGAGUGGAGGAAGUCUCUAUAUAUAUUGUUAUGAAAUCCAGGGAACCGGAUCUCUCUCUGUAGUUGGAGGUCGUGGCGGACCUGAAGGCGGCGGGGGAGGAGGUGGAGGUCGCAUCAGUGUUUACUUCAUAAAAAAUUCUACGUUAACUGCGAAAACUCUGGUGAGAGGUGGUGCAAGCAGUGUUGAGGCUGGAGGCUCAGGAACUGCGUUUUACUACCACCUGGUACAAACCCACCGUACAUUACUGGUGGACAAUGAUGGGCAACAUCCUAUAGCUCAGGUGGUCGAUCAUUACGACGACCUCUCUCGACAAACUGGAAAAACCUGGAUAUUGAGCAAUUCUGGUCAACAUAUAUUCGCUGAUACCUCGCAUCGAUUUUAUUUUGAAGAGUUGCAAAUCUACGGCAGCGCUCAUCUUGGAAUUACGUCAUCAAAUAUCACGAGCCGUGUGACCUCAUUGUUCUUCAGUUUCAUGAUCGGCGACCGCUCGGGAACUGUUCAUGUUGGUGAUCGCCAAGUACUCGAUCUACGUCGAAAGUUCAUCGAUUUUCCAGCGCACGCGCGUGUCUACCAAGGCGGUUAUCUAGGGCUUGCUGACAUCACUGAAAUUAACAAAGUGUCACUACAUUUGGCUGGAACUCUUGCUCACGUGCAGAAUUUGACUCUUCUUAAUGGCGGAAUAUUACAUCAUUAUUUAACCGGCUUUACUCAGAAUGCACCGGGACGGACUAUAAGGUUUAAUGAGACUGUUCGCAUUAUGGCUGACUCAAAAAUACUGACCUACAGUGAGAAUGCAGAUGACAGGACAUUCACUCUGGAAUGUCGGAUACUGUUAAUUGAAGGUAAUUUGGCAUUUGCAAUGUAUAAUUGGAUACUAAGGACGGAUAGUUUGAGAAUGAUUGUAACAAGUUCACUGAACACAGAUUAUCACAAACUUGUUAUUUAUAAUUAGUGUUUUAAUAUUUAAGGUGGUGCCGAGCUUCGAAGUAAAAAUUUUUACCUAAAUGCUGUGAACCUGACAGUUGAUGAUGGUGGAAUAAUCAAUCUGAACAAUGGCGGACAUUUACCAAUGCAAGGUCCUGGGACUGUGACUACUAAUAACUGGCGCGCAAGUGGCGCUGGACAUGGUGGUACUGGGGGACAGCCGAAGUGUUCUGGGUACAAAACUUGUCGAAUUCGCAGAGGUUUAGCUUAUGGUGAUAUCGUAAGCCCCGAGGAGUUUGGCAGUGGAGGCGACAGUAAUCUUGGCGGAACUGGUGGUGGGAAGGUUAAGAUUGAUGUUCACCACACUUGUAAGGUAGGAAGGAACAUAAAUCUAUUUUGGGUGGUGUUGUAGACCCCUACAAUAUGUAACAUUCCCUUGGUGUAUUCUUGCACUGCCACGCUAAAACAUUUUAAAAGUUUUAAAUUUCAUUUUAUUUAUGUAAAGGUGGAUGGCUUUAUCGAAGCCAAGAGCCUGAAGACAACUGCAGGAGGUGGUGGAAGUGGUGGAAGUAUUCUCAUUCGGACCCAAUCCUUCACGGGCGGACAUACGGGCGCUUUACGUGUGACUGGAGGUACAUCCCAGGCCGGCGGUGGUGGCGCUGGUGGACGUAUAGCUGUUUACUACACAAAUAACCUGACUGAACCUUUCUAUGGCGGCGUGUUUGAAACAUAUGGAGGUGAUUCUCCUUCUGGGGGAGAAGCUGGAGCAUCUGGGACCACAUAUCUUGAACACGUGACAAAUGGAUACAUAACCCUUCGAGUAGACAACAACAAACACGAGCCAAUUCGCAACAUCAUUAGAAACGAAGGUUGUAGGGUAUCUACAUCCGGGGGUUCAAAUUCCCGUCAGGUGUACACUAUACCCGGUGGGGUAACUGUAUCAAGUUCGACAGCGUAUUACACCGGACCCUACCCACAUUACUAUCCAUAUAAUAUUGGUCGGAUGUUUGAUGGUAAUCUUAAUACUCGGUUUAUAACCACAGCCACAAGACCAAGACUUAGUAUUAAUCUUAAGAGAGUUGUUUUUGUGAAUCAUGUCCGAAUUUAUCCUGCAUGUAGUAGCGGACCUGCAAAGUUCAAGGUAAGCAAUAAUUUAGUUAUUAUUUUUCGCACCCAUCAUGAUUUACCCUUAAUUAAGUUUAGUAACCUAAUUUAAAUUGUGUUUUUAAUUGGGUGUUCUUUAGAAAAUUAAUAUUUGAAUUUCAGUUAUGCGAAUUUUUUGUGAUGUUACAGAAAACUGAUUUUGUUACAAAAACCUUUGAGAUCUCAAUUUUCUAGUUAUUCAUGCUUUCAGAUCCUCAAUAGCUCAAAUGAUCCCCUCAUCCUCAAUAGCUCAAAGCUAUUGAUCCGAAUCAUCCUCAAUAGCUCAAAGAUCCCCUCCUUAAUAGCUCAAAUGGCAUAAAUUGUCUCCCACAAUAAAUACGCUAAGUUUAUUAAUCAUUUUUAAUUUCAGUUGAGCGGUGUGGACGAAGCAGGCAGGACAUUCGUGAUUCAUCGUGAUUACGUUAACAUGGCAUAUGGCUGUACGCAGGGUUCAUAUACUGAUGUUAGCUUUAUGAAGAACACAACUUGGAUAUUUAUAGAUCUGAUUGCAGCCGUACAUCAAUACACUAGUCUGACAGAAAUUGAAAUAUUCAAAGGAACAUCCUUACCUUGGCAACGGUAGGUAGUAAAGCCUAGAAAAACAUGGGUAGCUGGCCGGGUGUAUGCGAUCGGGGCUCAGGUAAUGGUCCAAUAUUUAAGAAAUAUACGAUAAGCUCGAGUCAAGCUGAUAUCAUUAAUAGACUCUUUUGUAAUGUAAUAUUUUGACAGCUUGUGCUGCUACAAUCCGUGUCUUAACUCGCAACUUGGGCUCACGUUGGAUUUGUUUCCAGAUUGCAGUGCAACCAAUUUCAUAUACAGUGAUUAAAUAUACAAUAAAUUAAAAAUAUUCUAUACAAUACUAUAAUAGUUAUGACACUUAAUCUACAAGAGGUAGUUGGGUAUUCGUGGAAAUUUCAAGGACCGAAAGUGGAAUGCACCUAGAACAUGGUAUAAACAUUUUGCCGUUUAUUUUCUGUUGUUAGUUAUGAAAACCUUGAUGUGGAUAGCGCAGUAACUUGGCUACUUCUAAACUCCUCUCAUUAUCAGUUUGAUGAGAUCCAUCUUCUAGGAUCAGCCAAUGUUGCUUUCAAAAAUCCUGCUAAUUCCCGAGCACAGAUCUCGAUUGAUAAUCAGAGAAUGUAUGGUGAUAAAUCAGGCACUUGGCAUAUUGGCUACAAUCAGAGAUUUGGCAUCAAUAUCACUGAUCCUGACACGCCAUUGAGCCUGCGAGUGUAUGAACAUGGUGAACUUUCGUUGCCUCGGAAGAGUUUUCUCAAAAGUGUGAGCGUGUUCCUUUCUGGCAAGGUAAUUUCAAUACGGACACUUUCACGUAAAAGUUUCUCCCCGGCAUUGCUAAAAUCGUUCGGCAUAUGACAGACAAAGAAAGAAUAUUGAGAAGGGUUCUAGAUACCACAUAUUAUUUUAUACUCUCCUUUGGGUCAUAAACCGUGGGUUCUUACGUAGGUCAUCUAUUUUCAAAUUAGCAUGUAAUAGGGAUCAAGUCCAAAUAUAUUCUGGAUAGCUCAAUCAAUUCUGAGCUUUAUCCUAGAGGUUCAUAAGGGCAUAUUAGACUUGUGUUACGACAAGAGGAAACGGGAAUACCAGGAGAAAACCUGAGAUUUAAUAGAGUCAAACAGGAAAGACUUUGUGCCACAAACAUUUCAUAGUAUGCAUAUCAUUAUAAUUUCGUAUUGUAUUGUAGUGUUUUUAUGGCCUUUCUAAUUUCCGUUUGCUUCAUAUAUUUAGUUGAGUGGUUUGGAAGAAGUCUAUGUACUCCAUGGAGGUCGUCUCGAGUGUACAGUGGCAAGCUGUAUAGGUGCUCAAUGUAAUUCAUCAGAAUACAACGUAAAAUUACUACAUAUUCAAGAUGAAGGUUUCGUGAAACUUGGUGACUCGGAACACAUGCCAGAACUGCAGUUGAACCUCGUCAACUUUACCGUGAGUACAUACCAAAUUUUAAGAAUUUUUUAUCACUGCACAUUUUUGUGCAAAGUUUAGCCGAGCAGAAGCACGCCCUUAUUCAAAAAUGUCAAAACCAACAUACACUGCACAGCACCCAGGGUCGCCUAGGGAAAUUAAUUUGGGGGCCUAGGGCAAAAUUUGAGUAGGGGCCGCUUGUGAUUCCAUCUUCUAACUAUGACUAGAGGGAUGCGGGGGCAUUCUCCCCGGGAAAAUUUUGAAAUCUCAGGUCCCGGAAAUGGCCAAAUUCUGCAUUCUGGAAAUCUAGAAUUGACAGUUAUAUUUAUGUAUAUCUCACUGUAAUUCUUUAUUUGGGCCCCUUUAACUGGGGCCCCAGGGUAAAUUGCCCCUCCACCACUCUGGGCGGCCUUGACAGAACCUGCAGUUACGAUUAUCUAUGACAGCAUAGUUUCACAAUCACAUGCUUGUAGAAAAGAAAUAUUUUCGCUUUGGCAAAUGAAAGAUGGCUUGGGCGUGACAAAUCUCUGGACCGAGUUCCAGGGGCGUAUACCCACAGAUUUCUAAUCUAGGCUUUCUAAAAGGGCAUUUCCUGCAAUGUGCGGGAACAUUCUAUCGAAAAGAAUUCUGAAGAUCAUACACAAAUUACAAAAGGUUAAGUAUCAUUCACUCCAUUUUCCAAGCUCAUAUAAAGAGAUUUCUGGUGAGAGAAUUUGUUCAUUUGAUGAACCUUAAUUAAGUAUAAUAUUAGUGCGGACGUUAAAUAAUUUUCAAAUUAUUCUCAUUCAAAAUGUUUUGAUUAAUACUGUGAAGUGUCAAGACGAAUUUUUAGUUCAGUUUUUCUGCUCAUUGCCUCAUUUUCUUUCAAUUUAUCACUGCACAUUUUACUUUUAUCACUGCACAAAUUGGUUAUCACUGCACACUAAAAUUAGGUAUGCGUGAGUAGCAAAUAUUUGUCACUUUUAACAAGAAUUGAAAAGUACAGGUAUUACAUGCAGUAGAUAUGGAGAAGGUGUUAGGCUUGCAAUAUGAUAUCGCAUUUGAGUUGAAGUGUUUGUUAUCAGAUAAUCAGGUACUGUACUAUAGUUACCUGAAAGACAUGCACAUGGAGUGAAAGUGGUGUUCCCUUAAUUGUGUUGGGUAAUGUUGAAUCUGAAUAAGUGAACAGGUUUUCUAUAUAUCUUCGAAGUAAUGGUGGAUUUAUAUUCUUGGUUAAAUCUAAACCAAUUUCGUUUGCAUUAUUUCCUGUGAUUUCGUCAGCUCAAGCAACGACUGAUAUUUUAGAAUAGUUUAUAAAUGUAAAUUCCAUACAACCCGUCUGCCCAUGGUUCAUGUAUCACUUAAAAAACACGCAAUGAAUACAAUCUGCAAUAUUUUCUCGUUGCAGGUUUAUGGUGGAGGGCACUUCGUAUCACACGGUCGCCUCACAAUCAAUGCAUCAGAUACAGUGGCGGUGAACUCUGGCGGGAUCUUGGAACAGAAUCAUUCUGGUUACACGACUGGAACAGGACCCGGUCAAGGGACUGGACACGUGUCUGGCGGUUCAGGAGGGGGCUACGGUGGUAACGGUGGACGCGGGGUGGGAACCCUUCUAGCAGGACAAACAUAUGGAUCAUUGUACACUCCUCAUCAUUUUGGAAGUCCUGGGGGAUUUGGUCAAGAUUAUGGUUAGUAUUUGUUAUAAUUCAAACAAUUUGUGAUGUUCAACCGAGAAUCCAACCCAAGGUCUUUAAUUCAACAUGACAGACCCUGAGCUAGUGGUAUGCCAACUCGUUGAUACAUUCUGAGAUGCAAAUAUGUAAUCCACUGUAAGAAAAGCCUAAUAGAUAUAUUUGUGGGGAAAUGUGAAGGCUGAUACUUAUAACUAUGUAUGACAAACCAUUUACGCCCGUAUGGACAGUGUGAUCUACAGAGUUUCAGUCCUAUUGUGAUGGAUAUGUUUCAUUUCUAGGAAAUCUUUAUUACGGUAAUUACUACUAUCAGCGUAGUAGUUCUCAAUCAAACCAAGUCACUACUGGAGGAAUGGGAGGGAUAGGUGGAGGAUCUCUAAGGAUACACUCGAAACGUACUAUUAUUGAUGGUCAGAUAUCAGCCAAUGGUCAAAAUGCGCCCACUGGUGGUCAACGAAGUGGCUGUGGAGGUGGCAGUGGGGGAAGUGUAUGGAUUACAUGUGAUGAGCUGGAUGGUUAUGGAUCGAUUCAAGCACGUGGAGGAGCUGGCUCAACGGGUAAAGCAGGCGGAGGUUCAGGCGGACGGGUUGUUGUAAACUAUCGUGAUAUUCAUAAUUACAAUGGUUCGUUUUCUGUCCGAGGAGGGACUGGUAUCGAAGAUGGAGCAUCCGGGACUGUGUAUCUGGAACAAGGGAAUGGGACACACAUCAUGUCGCGAAAAUUAAUAGUUGAUAACGAGGGACUAUCGCGACCAAAGGCUGUAGAUAGGAACGCGGGGAACUUGUUGAACUUGUUUAGUGGGGUAUAUAGUGAGAUCAGUCAAGUUGGUACAGUGACAUGGCUUACAGAAUCAAACAAUUACACAUUUAACGAACUUGUCCUUCAAGGAAAUUCACAUCUUGGUAUCUAUGGUAACGCCUCGAGUGAGCAUGUGAGCCUGCAAGCAAACAUAUUAACCGGAGAUCGUUCAGCAGUCUUGCACGUUGGAGCAUUGCAAAAAGUUCAUUUCCGCGAUAUUGAUGUAUACUUUCCCGUGAACACGUUUGUGUAUCCUCGUGGCUCAUUAUUUCUUCCUAAACGUGUUUCGUUACGUGAAGUUUGGAUGUACGUGAAUGGUUCGGUGUCGGACUCGGAAGAGUACGUAGUAGAUAGGGAUGGACAGCUACAUUUAUGGUCAGGAGGGAAUAGUGAGGGUGAACCAGAAGGAACAUUUGUAUUCGUGAAUAUCAGCAUACGUGCUCGUGGUCGAUUAUUUGCCACCACCUUGGCAGGACAUGGUAAGAUGGCGGUCCAAUGUAGCAGAAUGGUGAUCAAUGCUGGUGGGAAAUUUAUAUCCAAUGAUGUUCAUCUAACUGCUGUUAAUAUCACAAUUGAUGCGGCAGGUUAGUAUCUGGCGAGGUUCAUUUUGAAUAUAUCAUUAAUGUUCACCUGUAACCGUAAUUCGCCUGUAAUUCGUAAUUCGAAUCUGUAAUUGCAUCUGUAAAUUCACCUGUGAUUAUCAAUAUUUUCUGUAGUCAUUGAAUUAAAUGUACUCCUCUAAUCAUUGAAGCCUAGUUUCCAAUGGUCGUAAUCGUGGUUAGAAUAGAGUCUCGAUCUUUUCAACAGCCAGUUUAUAAUAGUUUAUACUGUACUUGUAAACCACAUAUAAAUCGUAAGUAUUCUCUAGUUAUAAUCACUCGUAUUACUAUAAACUAUAAACUCGCGUAUUUUCAGUUCUAAAACGGCUGAUGAGAAAGAUCGUGACUAAAGUCUUUACGACCGUUACGACCAUAUGGGAACUGCGCUUAAUUUCGAUUUGAUGGAGGUUAAUAUUCCUUUUGAUGCUGCAGGUUAGCAUCUAAGAAUAUUUAUUUUAAUCAUUGAUGUUCAUUUGUAUCAAGUGAAGUUUGUACCAUUUGGAAGAACUAAAAUUAAAUUACCUUAAGGGUGUCCUGAAGUAUAUUUUCUCUUAUAUACUAACGCUUUGUUUUAUACAUGAAAACUCCAAUGCAAUGAUGUUGAUUAAUCUUCACCAAUAUUUAGUGGUAACAUUCGCGGUUUCUUAAUACUUACUCAUACUCAAUUUUAUCCACUCGUACACACCAUUUUCCAAUGAUAUACAUAAAUGAAUGUUCAUCAAUGUUAAUUUCUAUUCAAAUAUAGCCAUUAUAUCUAACAUUGUAUGUUUGUAUUCACCAAGGUCCACCAAUGUUCAUUUGACCAAUGUUCAGUUUUAUCCAUUCAGGUUAAUUUGUUUCGUUGUACUUUGAAAUGAAGAUAUAUUUUUCAGGUGAAAUAACUUCCAGUGGGCUGGGUUACCCCGUUGGGAAAGGUCCCUCGUAUAGAAAUGGUUCGCGCCCAGGCGCUGGUGGAGGACAUGGUGGUAACGGUGGUCGAGAAUUGUAUCAACUACAAUCGCCAUUGGCUUAUGACUCCAUCUACACACCUAUUGAGGCGGGAAGUGGUGGAGGCGGAUCCCCUGGAGGAGGAAUCAUAUAUAUCAAUGUCAGUGAUCUGUUCAGAAUCGAAGGAAAUGUCCGCGCAAAUGGGCUGGAGAAGAAUACUGGGGGUGAGUAUUGAUAAAGGUGUAAAAGCCUGAAAAAAUUUUCUACGUGCUGUUCUGUGAUGUUCUACGUGCUUUUUACCUAAUACAAAAUACACGGCGAAUCAAUGAUAGAGAUUUCGAAACUGUUAAUUCAUUAGUUUCGAAGUUUCUUAAUUCAUUCGAGGUGUUUUAAUGUCACAGUAAUGAACGACUUCCAGUGUAUCAUAUAACUUUUGAAAUUACAGAAGAAAUUCUGUUUAAUUAAUUUAAAGGUAAUUUUGUAUGGAUGUUUAUUAUUUUGGUCUCUAGACAACGAUGCGGCACUGAAUUUUUCUGUGUUUUGUCCAUUAAUUAUUAAUCGACGUUGGAUAUCAUAUUGGAAUAUUAUACACUUGCAGUCAAACCGGAUGUUCUCUUGCGAGCAACAUUGCAAUAUAUAUUGUACCACAAUAUUGCAAUUUUGAUAGGCAGAUUGCUCUGAGCAAAUUGUAACCGACGCGAACAAAUUGAAAGUUGGAAAUUCACAAAAGAUUUGUGAACAAAGCCUCUGAUUGGAUUGUAAGAAAGAGGGAAGUCAAUCAACUAGUCUGAGCAACUGGAUUGGUGCUUCCCUCUUUCUUAUAGUCCAAUUAGAGGCUUUGUUUACAAAUCUUUUGUGAAUUUCAACUUGCAAUUUGUUCGCUUCGGUUGCAAAUUGCUCAGAGCAAUCUGCGUAUCAAAAUUGCAAUAUUGUGGGACAAUAUUGCAAUGUUGCUUGCAAGAGAACAUCCGGUUUGACUGUAAUGUCUGCUCCCGAGGGAAAUAGUUUGUUUUGUUUUCCCGAGAGAUUCGAGGAAAAACAAAACUAAGUAUUUCCCGAGGGAACAGACAUUAAGCGUUUUGUUAUAUAGCGACGAACAAAAAUCAACAUUCAACAACAUUCAUAGGUAAUUGUAUUUCGUGACAAAAACUCUAUAGUGCAAACGAGUUUAGAAUUAAAAGAACCUACUUAAACGGUUUCAGCAGCAUAUCCUGUUGCCUGUUGUGUAUUUUUCUUCUCUUUUACAUUCUUUAUUUGAACACAAACUUGGAAAAUCGUAGUUUGUAAUUAUGCUAGUUGUGCCGCCAUUUUGUUUAUUUAUUUACGUAGCCGGUCGGGGCGUGCAACAAUUUUUCACUUGUUCCCCGGCGGGAUACAUUGCAUUUAUCCGAAGUCACGUGACCACAAAUCAGCCAAUCACGUUUGGUGUUCACCAUAGCUAUAUAACAAUUUGCCUUAUUAUAAUUCUCGCUAUCGCAGGUGGUGGUGGAGGCACAGUCCUGAUACGUACCAGUCAUUUUGAUGGCAUGGGAACAGUAGAAGCAAGUGGUGGGGAUGGUGCCACUAGGACUGUGAGUGGUACCCAGGGUGGCGGAGGUGGGGGAGGCAGGAUAGCUGUAUAUCAUUCUGGGAUAAAUACUUUUAUUGGAAGUCUCCAAACGUAUGGUGGGGAAAGUAUAGCUGAGAGAGGAGGUAAUUUAAAUUCCCUUUGUUUUCAUUAGUCAAAACUGCACGUUUAUUGAUAUACAUAUAUUUCGUAAGCCCGGAUCUUCAUCAUUGCAAAUAAUUUGGCGAUGACUCUGGCGUUUGGUUUGAUAGCAAAAUAAGAUGGUUAUUUGUCGCCUUUCAGGGCAACAAGGAACCUACUUCUUUCUCUAUUGUUUUGCUUUGACGGUUAAUACUGAAAUAUAUAUUUUAAGAAUUCCCAUGUUCGUAUUCAACUACAUAGAAAAAUCCUUGAUGAUUUUUGCCUUAAGAGAUCGAGGUUAGAAAUUAAAUUUUAAAUACGAUUACUUUUCCAAGGUCCUGGAACAGUGUACAUUCAAAAUGACAGUGGUAAUACAACUCAAAGACAACUCAUCAUAGAUAACGGUCACACCACUGCAUCAUCUAACAUCAUUGAAGUGCGACAGUUGUUUAUCACUGAUACAAGAAAUUAUCGUUAUUAUGUCACAUCGUAUACAUCACCCGGGGGUAUUAAUCUCCGUACAAGUGGUCCACCACAUUGUCUAAGAGUUUGGCUAUCACAAUGUCUCGCGGGAAAUGGGCAGCUGUCUUAUGUAUUCUCCGGGACAAAUCACUUUUACUACAGUACAUCUUCGAAACCUGAAUUGACCUAUACUUUCCCAUAUCCGAUAACCAUGGAUCAUUUAAGGAUUUUCCCACAAUGCAGUUCGGGAUAUUGGACAAAUUAUCGAGUCCGUGCCUACCUGGGUUCUAAUAAGGUAUUCGAGCAGGGAUUGUGGACUGAAACUGAGUUAUGUAGUCAGGGUCAAUAUGGCAAAGUCGAAAUACAGAAAGAAGUUAAUAAGGUGAGAGAAAUGAAUGUAUUUCACUGGCAGUCUAGUAAUAUACAUAUAGAGUCAUUGUUUCGCCAUUACGACUAUAUCGCCAUUUGCAACUAAAGCCCAUUUUCCACCAGGCAAAUUUGUUCGCGUGAACAGUAAAAAAGUAGGAACUGAUCUAACUUUUUCGCGGCGAUUUUUUUCGCUGACCAAUCACAUUACCAAAAUUUGUUUUUCGCGUCGCGCGAACAAAUUCGCCUAGUGGCGUUGAGGAUGAACAGUCAGUGCAAAUGAAAGACGUUGUCCAUUCUCUUGUAAAACUUCCAUGUUUGACAAGAGCAUUUGACAGGUUUUAAUCUGCUCAGCCAACGUCCGCAUGUGACUAGCCUCACUCUGAUAGGCUGGACUAAAAUGUCAAGCUGUCAAGGUGCUAUUUUCACGUUAGAAUAGACAUGCUUUUAUCAGCGACGGUUCAUCCUAAGAUGGAAGCGACAGAAAUAUAGUGAGAUUCUUUUUCUUUUAGAUCGUAAUAUCGCUUUCGAAAGUUUCCACUUACGCGGCUAUGAACGAGGUGCAGUUAUUUAUUCAAGAAGUGUUCCCCAGAACAUCGCAGGCUGUGAUUCAAACACCUGAAGCCUGGAUUGUAAAUGAAGAUGAAAACAAAACUGAAAAAGAAUUCUUAAAGUUCGACAAGGUAGAGGAUGUUAUUUAGCUUUGAUUGUAAAUUCUGGUUAGAAUCUUGUUAUCUUGCCUAAUCUGUACACACCCUGUAUCUUGAUUGCAGUACAGUGUGUGGAAACUCGCGUGAAAGCAUUUCAAACUCCACAUUAACGCUACCCAAGUCUGAGUAGUGGAUUCUGAUUGGUUAUUUUGAACUUAGUAAAUUCUGAUUGGUUAUGCUUAUAGUCAACAUAGUUUCACCUUUGAAUUUCGUCUGUAGGUAAGGUAAAUCAAGCAGAAAUAGUCAUCUAGUUGCCGUUGCUUUAACUAUAGUUCUCGUUGUUUGUCGUGUGUUCAAUAAGCCUUAAUAUGAUAUUAAGCAGAUCAGUACGAACAUUUUUGAGCGAAAUAAUAAAAUAUAAUGAAUCCUAAGCAUGUGCAAGGCUGAAACUUCUAAUGAACGCAGAGUGUCAAGAAAAUAUAGUUUCAAUUAUAAACAUCCCGGUCCAAAGUUUGUUAAUGGUUGAGCAUAGCCAAUCAUUUAAUAAAUUAUUAGACAAGCAUUUGACAACCUCACCGUAGUCUUCAACAGGUAUAUUAGUGAGGCAAAGUUGAUAAAACAGCGGAUUUUAUGGCACGAAAAGUAUGUCUUAUAGCUAUACUAAUAUACUUUCUGUAACAUAAGUUCUUAAUUAUCAACUUUGCUUCAUUUGCACCUGUUGAAGACCAUAUUGAGGUGGUCGAAAGCUCUUGUAAUAAAUAAAAGUAAUCAGUCAAGGGAACGUCUUUAACAAAUUUAUGAUGCAUCACAAGUGAAACACAAUCUGUGCGCAGGGUACAUUUCUCUCUGCUUUUUCUCCGAACUAAUCACUAAACAUUUCUGAUCUGUUUUCAAGAUGAUCUUACGUCACGGAGGUCGCUUGAGCUGGUCAGGUGAAGGAGUGCAUGUUGGAAUAGACGAGUUGGAUGGGGAUGGAACAGGAUCAAUAAAUGUUCGAUCUACACAACAACUUUCAGUAACCCAUACUACAAGCUAUUUCAAGACAGAACUCUUAGCUCAUGUCGACUCCACAUUAAAUCUACCUAAAGACUUCAAUUGUCACUCAGUGAAGGUUGUGGUCCGAGGCGCUGUAAAUGCCCUGGAGAAAGUCACAGUUGGCCCGCAGUGUUUGUUUUCUCUGGAGAGUGAGAGCGAGAAACUAAAUUUAACUAUGACUAAAUUGGUGGUUCAGACUGAGGGUCGAAUGAAAUUAAUGGCAAGACAUGACGAGGUUGUGGUGCAGGGGGUAUCUUUGGAUAUUCGUGGUGGCGCUAGGGUAGGUGUAUAUUAGAAAAUUAUAUAGGAUAAAAGAGUGUUGGACAAGUCGAAAUGCAUAGUUUUACAGCAUUGCAUGGGCAGCAAAAUUUCGUACAAGAGUGUUCUAACAAACUGACGUGAAGAUGUGUUCAAACUUCAUGUUCCCAGUUUGUUGAUAGGUUGUGACAAUAGCAAAUUUUUAGAACUUGUUGAUUAGAUUGUUGAAAACGAGUUUCGAGCAUUUUUUGUUUCCAUGAGGUUUAGACGUGUGUAAAAAAAGAUGGACCAUCAAGCUAUUUUCUUAUUUGGUGGAACAAACCUUACCAGCGCCCACCAGUAUAUUUGUGGCAAAUUUUGCUUUAUAUUUGAGGUCCAUUGAUGUGUAUAUUUUACUAGAUUACCUGAUUUUCAGAACAAGAAACAUUUUUUUCUUCUUUUCAGCUUGACGUAAAUAAACUAAAACUGGAUUUCACAAACAUCACCUUGGAGCCUUAUUCCACGUUGUCAGCGGGCAACCAGAUUAUGCCCUCCACACUUCAUGUAGGAGAUGGUAAGUCUCACACUUCAGGAAGUAGUGGUGCUGGUCAUGGUGGUCAUGGUGGUGUUGGCUCAGGUCAAAAUUUAGUUGGAAUUUCAUACGGUUCGUUCCGAACACCACGAACAUCUGGCCGACCUGGUGCCGCUCCUGUUUUUCCUCGUGUACCCGGCUAUGGUGGAGGAGUCCUGGAACUAGUUGCUCAAAAUACAGCUUACAUUGAUGGUACAAUUUCUGCAAGAGGUGGUUCCGCUAUCUCCCCGCGAGGGAGUGGUGCGAGUGGCGGUAGCAUUUUGGUGUAUGGUAAACAUCUUCAUGGGCAAGGUUUACUUGACGUUUCCGGGGGAGAUGGGGACAAAGCAUAUAGUGGGGGUGGUGCAGGUGGAAGGAUCAGUAUUUACACAGCUGCUAAUAAUUACAUAGGUCAGUACCAGGCUCUUGGCGGAGAAAGCAAUAUUGAACCGGGAGGAACUGGAACUGUGUACUUAGAACGGAUCACUCAAAACGCUACUCACAAUAUCGAGGUUUUGGCGCACCGUAAUGUAUACAGGAAUGAAACAGAAUUUGAUAUCCAGAAUAGAACACUAUAUAUCAACGCUUAUGGUCGACUGCCGCGUUACACAGACAGAAACCUGAGUUCUAGUUUUGAUGAUUUCACACAAAAGGCAUCCGCGCGCACGUGGUUGACCCUUGAUCCUGAAGAUGACAACAUUAAGUUGAGUGAAUUACAAAUCUACGGUGGAGCACAAGUACUAUUUAUCAUCCCUCAAAAGCCGAGACAUCUAUUAUCUAUAACUAUAACCAGAAUGCAAGGUGAUCGUACUGGUUCUUUCUUCAUCGGUUACAAUCAAUCUUUUCUCUCUUUGGAAUCCUAUCUGCCAUUCAAUAUGGUGAUCUACCAGGGAGGUGUUGCCACUAUGCAAGGUGAGCUGCUAGUUGCCGGGGUAACUGUUGACGUCGAUGGUAUAUUACAGAAAUGUCAAAAUAUCACCAUUGCUGACCGUGGUGUUGUGAAGAUGAAGGAAAUGUAUGAUUUCCAUGGAAGGUCUACCAAG